GAUAAUAUUCUGAUAUUUUCAUCAAAAUUUUCAUAUUUUUAGAGGACUGAUAUUUUCGAUAUCAUCGUGUUUUAAAUCUUGGUCACUACCACCGCUAUCAGUUCACCAAAUCCCAACCUCUCCAACCGUUUUGAUAUCUGGGGCACCCAAAAAACCCACAACCAAUCAAAUCCCACUCCAAAUCCAUCAAUGGAGUCCGUCGGCGUCCUCAUGCCAGUCCCAAUGUCCCCGUACUUAGAGCAAGAGCUCGAGAGGCGCUUCAACCUCCUCAAGCUCUGGACGGCCCCUGAAAAAGCGGAGUUCCUCAAGGCCCACUCCGGCGCCGUCCGAGCCGUCAUCGGCAAUGCUGGGAACGGAGCCGACGUCGGGCUCAUCGAGGCGCUGCCGGAGCUGGAGAUCAUCGCCAGCUUCAGCGUCGGAAUCGAUAAGGUGGAUUUGGAGAAGUGUAGGGAAAAGGGUAUUCGGGUCACGAACACGCCGGACGUUUUGACCGACGACGUGGCGGACCUUGCGAUUGGGUUGGCGUUGGGUGUGCUGCGACGGCUCUGUGAGGCUGACGGGUAUGUGAGGAGUGGGGGGUGGAAGAACGGCGACUACAAGUUGACCACCAAGUUCACUGGAAAAACUGUGGGCAUCAUCGGAUUGGGAAGAAUUGGAAAAGCAGUUGCCAAGAGAGUCGAGGCUUUUAGCUGUCCAAUCGCAUACUACUCCAGAACAGAAAAACCAGAUUUAAAGUACAAAUACUAUCCAAGUGUUGUGGAGUUGGCCUCCAACUGUGAUAUCCUGGUUGUUGUAUGCCCGUUAACUCAAGAGACCCGCCACAUUAUUAAUCGUGAAGUCAUUGAUGCUUUGGGUCCAAAGGGUAUUCUCAUUAACAUUGGGAGGGGUCCUCAUGUUGAUGAAUCUGAGCUGGUAUCUGCACUGCUAGAAGGCCGGUUAGGUGGUGCUGGGCUCGAUGUUUAUGAAAAUGAACCAGAUGUACCUGAGCAGCUGUUUCAGCUCGAGAAUGUGGUACUCUUACCUCAUGUAGGAAGUGACACUGUGGAAACAGACACUGCCAUGGCUGACCUUGUGAUUGGGAAUCUUGAGGCUCAUUUUUUGAACAAGCCAUUGUUGACGCCGGUGGUUUAACAGUUAUAGUACCUAAAGGAAAAGUUUGCUGAAAUCAGCAUCGUCUUGAUCAGAUACCAUUUAUCUUCUUCAAUUAAUAACCGUUGUUCCAAGAAUCGGCGAAUGAAUCUUAAACGCAAACAGGCUUCUGCUUGACUAGAGAUGAUUUCACCCGUUUAUCCAAUCAGUUAUAUUUUUUGGAUGUAGUUAGACUAAGGAUUUGGGAGCAGCCUCUCCAUAAAUGGGGGUAAGGCUAGCCGACAUUCACCUCUCACAGAUCCUGCGUAAAGCGGAAGCCUUGUGCACUGGGUACGAUCUUUUUAGUUAGACUAAGGAUGGUUCGCUAACAAGUCUUUUUGCUUCGCUUCACAGCUGCUUGGAACCUCUCAUAUGCAUUCAGCUGAAUUUCAAAGAAUCAACAUUGUAUUUUCCUUUUCGAUUAUAUGCAAGUAUUGUAAUUACAAGGAUGCACAUUGAAUACUAAUUGUUGUUUUAUUUUCUUAA